CCCCGCCCCGCCCCCCUCUCGCAGGCUCGCACCACAAUCACACGAGCAGACAGGCACCAGGUCCCUUUCUGCCUUUCGCUUUCACUGCUCACCAUUUCCCGUCCUUGCGAGCCCUCUCGCCGUCGCGCGCCUCUUUUUCACCUCCCCCCCCCCCUCUCUCUGCCACGAACCUUUGCAGAAAGAAAGGCACACCCCGACCCCGAGAGCCGAACGCCUCCACCACCAACGCCAUCACCAGAGCCGCACAAAAGCGCGCGGCCGGGACGCGGGACAAAGCAACGCGGCAGCCUGUACUGCCGACUGCAGUUCCCCUCCCAGCCCCCGGCCAGUGCGGAGCCGCCCGUCGCUCGUGCUCUAUUAUCUGUCUCUCUCUUUCUCUCCGCCCUUACUCGCUGCGUGUAAGUCGCGCCAGUACGCGUACGGGCGCGACGCUCGUGCGCGGACAGACAUGUCCUCAGCGGCGGGCGGCGGAUACGGGGGCGGCGGCGAGCACCAGCACCUGCUGCUCGGGCAGGGCGCGGGGCAGCUCUACCACGUGCCGCAGCACAGCCGGCGCGAGAAGCUGCGGUUUCCGCCCGACCCGGCUGACUCGCCCCCGCCCGGCUCGUGGCCACUGCCCCCGCCGUUCUACUCCUACGCGUCCUCGUCGACAUCGUCCUACUCGCCACACAGCCCGACGCUGGCGCACCCGCACGCGCAGCUGGUCGCACACGCGCUGCCGGGCGGCGUGGCCCAGAUCCCGAGCCAGAACUUCGCGCUCUCGCUGUCCUCGGCGUGCUCGAACCCUCCGCCCGCGCCGCGGAGGCAGCUCGCCGCCGGUGCCGUCACGGGGCCGUACGGCCCCUUCACGGGGUACGCGGCGGUGUUAGGCCGGUCCAGGUUCCUCGGGCCCGCGCAGAAGCUGCUCGAGGAGAUCUGCGACGUCGGCGGAGGGCCCGCGCAGGUGGACCGGCGCUGCGACGAGGGGUUGCUCGACAUGGAUGCUAUGGACGCGGUGGAGGACGUGGACCAUGACAUGGAUGGCGGUGAUCGAGCACCCGCCGAGGCGGUCACUGUCUCCGGCACCGAGCAGCAGUGGAGGAAGACCAGGCUCAUCUCCCUCAUGGAAGACGUUUGCAAGCGAUACAAACAGUACUACCAGCAGCUACAAGCUGUGAUCUCCUCGUUUGAGGCCGUUGCGGGGCUGAGCAAUGCGGCCCCGUUUGCUUCUAUGGCCCUUCGGACAAUGUCGAAGCAUUUCAAGUGUCUGAAGAGCAUGAUUCUAAGCCAACUACGCAACACGAGUAAGAUCGCCGCCAAUGAUGGUAUCCGCAAGGAGGAUAUGGCGAACUUUGCUCUUAUGGGAGGUGGCGCAGGCCUCCUUAGGGGAAACAACGCCAAUGCGUUCAACCAACCUCACAACAUUUGGAGGCCGCAAAGGGGCCUUCCUGAGCGCGCGGUGUCCGUUCUUCGUGCAUGGCUGUUCGAACACUUCUUGCAUCCGUACCCAACUGAUAGUGAUAAACAUAUGCUGGCUAAACAAACGGGGUUAACAAGGAACCAGGUGUCAAACUGGUUUAUCAACGCAAGGGUGAGGCUCUGGAAGCCAAUGGUCGAAGAAAUUCACAACCUGGAGAUGCGGCAGCUGCAGAACAACUCAUCUCUCGACAAGAACCAGCUCGGGAUGCAACAAACCCAACAUUCAUCAGACAGCAGCGGGAAGCCUUCUGAUCCUUCAAGCUCGCAUUGGGGGCAAAGCAGCGGCGUGCCGAGGAACCUCAGCUCCCCGGCCACCCGGCACAUCCAAGACGAUCUAGCCCAGAUGCACCACGACAUGCAAGGCCAGGUGAGUUUUGCAUACAACGGGCUGGCCGCGCACCACAGCAACCUUGCAUUGUCAUACCCCCGGCAAGCUGAAGGUGUCGGCGUUGGCGUUGGUGGCGCCGCCAACGGCGGUGUGUCCCUCACCCUCGGCCUUCACCAGAACAACCGGACCUACAUCGCCGAGCCCCUUCCAGCUGCGCUUCCGCUCAACCUCGCGCACCGUUUCGGACUGGAGGACGUCAGCGACGCCUACGUGAUGGGGUCAUUCGGAGGCCCGGACCGGCAUUUCACCAAGGAGAUUGGUGGCCAUUUGGUCCAUGACUUUGUUGGUUGAUCAAGGAUAUGAGCCGCGGCACAAUAUGCAAAUGUGAUCCAGAUGUAUUGUACUAGAGGUAGGAUGGUUGAAGAAAAAGGGGCGCCCGUGUGCCUCCCAUGUAGAUCCAGGAAUCAAUGUUGUCAAUAUUUGACACUGUAGGGGCUAUAGAGGGCAUGACUAUACCUUCCAAGAUCUGUUGUAGUGAUGUACCCUAUUUGUUCUAAUCCCAGAUUAUUAAGCUUUGAACAUGUACUAUUCCUUUGACAUGCAAUUGAGGUGAUUCUAGA